UGCCUCAUCUAAGUUCAAAGAGCUGAACUAAAACUGUGGCCAAAGGAAAUUCUUGCACAACAGGCCUACUGUUGACAGAAGAUAGGUUCUGUGUACUGAAAGCCGUGCUGACCGAGUGGGACUGUAUGCAGGAUUUUACUGGCGUAUUGUGAGUAGAACUUUGAUUGUUUUCAUCAAACUAUAGAUUCAAGUGAAACGUAACAGUAAAAACUGCAGAACCACGUCACAUUAUUUACAAGUGAACAUGAGUGAAUUCAGGCUGCAGCAACUGAAGAGUCACAUUGUCUCUGAAAGACGGAUCACAACCAUGUCAGGCUCACCCAGUCCUCUAACCACCCAUGUGCUGAACACUGCUCUGGGGGUCCCAGGAUCAAACAUGACCAUCAGACUUUACCAACAAGACCCUUCAGCCGAUGUCUGGCAUCUGAUAACCUCUGGGACAACUAACAGUGAUGGGCGAUGUCCAGGACUGAUCACACAGCAGCAGUUUCUACCUGCUGUCUACAAAUUGCACUUUGAGACUGAUCAGUACUGGGCCAGUAUGGGACAGACCUCCUUCUAUCCCUAUGUUGAGAUUGUUUUCACUAUAACUGAUCCAGGCCAGAGGUAUCACGUGGCGCUGCUUGUGAGUCGUUUCUCCUUCAGCACAUACAGGGGGAGCUAGAGAGCAUCUGUUGUAAAGUUCUAUCAACUUAUCACGAUCUGACUGCAAAAAAGCUUUAGCAACUCCACUAAUGACCCUCUUGGCAGCACAACUGGCGAAAUAUCUAUUUGUUUAUUUUCCUUGAAGAAAGUAGCACUACAACCAUUAACCAUACAAAAUAAACAUUGAAAUAAAUGGUUAUAUGUACUACCACAAAGCUAUACUGCAGUCUUACUGGUGCAAACACCAGCAUGAGUUAAUGUUAAACUUUGGUAUUUAUUCUACUGAUUUCAUGAUUAGCUUGCAAUUAAGUGAUUAUUAACAGUGUUAAUUAAUCACAAUUAACAUGUCAAUAGUGUCACAUUGUAUACAUUAUGCACAAAGUAUAUAAUUAUGCAUAUAAACUAUGCAUAAUUUAUAUAAUGUAAAAUAUAGCAACAUGUUUACUUUAAUAGAUUUUUUCACAAUGAAAAUGCC